UGCUUCAGAGACCUCAAGACUUAAAACAACUUUGUGUCAUGAUUCUUGGACUGUCAUAUGUUUUGGUCACAUGGUUUAAAUAAGGAAGCAGGUAAUGGGCUGAACAGAAACCAGAGAAAGUGAUCAUAGAGGGAGUUUGUGUUGGUUCAAAGAGGAACUCCAUCAGACAAAAAAGAAAAGAAGUUCCUGGUUUACUCGAGAAGGACGAGAAUCCAUCAGAGGCUUAACCAUGAAGGUGUGUUACACUUUGAUCUGCUUCUUCUUCUCUGCAGCUCUGCAGGAUGGAAGCACGGGCCCCGCCGAUACAGGAAGGGUCUACAUUGGAACUGAAGGAGGAAACAUCUCGGCUGAAUGCACCUUCCAAAUCAAUCAUUUCAUCACCACCUUUUGUAGGAACGACUGUGAAGCUGGAGACUUACUUGUCAGAACCCGCUAUGGCUUUGGCAGUGGCAGAGCUCAGCGUGGAAGAUACAGUAUUGAAUAUAAAGACAGAGACGAUCAAAGAUAUCCACACUUUGUUUAUGUGAGCAUCACAAAUCUGACAAAGUCUGACUCGGGACGAUACAGAUGUGGGUCCUUCAGAAACGUUCCUGAUCAAAACAACACGUUUGUGAUCAGAGUCGAAGACGCCACCUCUGAAUCAACCCUGUCUGCAGCUACAGAUGUUUCUCUGUAUGUCCGGGUGGUUAUGGUCAUCUUGUUUAUCGUGACAUCAGCAGCUGUGCUGAUAUACUUCAGGGUGAGGACCAGAAGGCCUAAGCCGGAAGAGCCUGCUGUGGAACCAGAGUACAUGAAUGUCACAGAGAUGAAACGAGUGCACAAGGAGGUCAGGGCGGAGGACAGACGCAGCAGAUCUCCUCCUGUGGAAAUAUCCGCCGUUUAAACUUUCCACCGCAGAGUCCUCUAAGAACAGAGUGAAGUAAAAUCUGUGCCAGGAUUACACUUUGUGAAUGUAGGCCACAUUUACAUGAAAGCGAUCCACUGAUAACAGAAUCGUUUUAAAAAAAAUCUCUGCGACCGCCAACAGCGUUUUGAUAACAAGCACCGAGCCCACAGAUCCACAAAAGUGUCAUUAUUUUAGUCUGUAGUUGCAUCAGAAGAGCAGCAGCUGCCUGCUCAAGAAUGAGGAACGUGGAGCUUCUUGUGAAGUUAUACUUAGUCAAGUUUCACAAUUAAGGAAAUACUUAAUAUUUUGUCACAUCAGAUUCACAUUGUCGUCAGUAUCAGCAAGAAACGGGGGCUUUUCCAGAGAGAACCCACGCUGACUUGAAGGAAAUUGUCUCUUUAGUGGAAAAUUUAUUUUGGCUGCUCUUCUGAUACAACCUUUCAGAAUAAUAAUUUUAACCAUAGCCUCAUUUAAAUCAGUCUAAGGACUUAAUAUUGUAAUUAACGACUUUAUUCUCGUAAAUGUACGACUUUAACCUCCAAAUUUAGGAUUUUUUUCUUCUUUGACGUGGCCCUCAUACUCCGUCGUAUUCAUAGACUAUAAAUGGACGAAGCGAUGUGAUGUCAGCCAUCUGUUCCUGCAGGGGGCUGUGGAGGCUCAUCUUCAACAUGUCUCAGUCUAACUUUCAGUCAGCCUAACGACAGGCUGAGAGCUGGAGCUGAGGCGGGUUUUAAACCUCUCGAUGAACAGUUACAUCUCGCCCGCCUGUCAGUCAUGUCAGCUACACGCCUAACUAUGAAUAACAUGUAACGUUAACGUACAGUGUGUGCCCACGAUGACAAUAACUAAUCAGACCUAUUUAGUAUUUUGUACCAGACUGUAAACAUGUUUAUUUAUGCUGUAAAAACGGUUUCUUCUGGUUUUCUUGGAGCCAGCCUCUAAUGGACACUCCACUUUUUUUUUGCAGGAUUUUGCACUUCCGCAUUGGCUUCAUUUUUCAUGACCGGAGGUUUCCGCUUGGACCCGACUCACAUUUUUCACUCUGAGUUUCAUCUUUUACCCUCUGAGAAGAUUCAGGAUCCCUCACACCAGGCUUAACCGCUUUAAACAUUCAUUUGUACCGAUGUCUAUUAUUAUUCUGAAUAAGAGGUAAUGUAGGGGCAUGUGCUGAAGGGCUGUGCAACAUGUCAAUAUGUCAUUACUGUGAUGUUUUAUGUACAGUAUAUGUGUUUUGUAUGAUCUCUAUGUCUAUUAAUUCUUUUGUAACUGCAGGACUGAGUCCAAGAAGAAUUUCCCUUUGGCGACAUUAAAAGUAUAUCUUAUCUUA